CAACAUUUUCAACAGCAUAGGAAUAGGAAGUAUUAUGUUUCAUCAAUGAGUAAUUGUUUCAACAAGAUUGGAUCUCUUAUUGGACUGUGCGGAUAGAAACUAAUCGAAUCCGAGGACAAACCCUGAUAAUUAAGCUGACUGUGGAUUCGAUACUUGUCUAAUUUUAUACAUUGUACUAUGGCUUUGGUUAAUACAACUGUUAUCAUGUUUCGUGCUAAUCAUCCAGCUUACACCGGAGUUUGUAUCGUGUUUGCCCUUCUCCUCAUGUGUGUUUCAGUCGUCGGAAACUUUCUGGUAAUCGCAACUUUUCUAAAAACUGAUCGUCUUCGAAAACCUACAUAUUACCUUCUAUCCAGUUUAGCUUUUGUCGACUUUUUAAAUGGUGCUGUUGGCAUCCCGGUGGAAAUAUUUAAAAGAUUUGUACUUAUUGAAUUCACAUGUCUUUAUACAUCGUCACGGUAUUUAUCAGCACUAACUUAUCUUUUUGGGGGCAAUUCUAUGAUACAUUUAGUCAUGGUGACCUGGGACCGUUACAUCGCUGUCCACAAACCUCUCCGCUACGAAACGCUCGUCACUUCAAAGCAAAUCGCACUCGGAAUUUUCUUUAGCUGGUCCAUCAGUAUCAGUUUGGUGAUUGGCUUAGUGGCCAAGAAAGAAGACCCAACCCUGAUCGGAAACUACUGCGCCGGUACUAAUUAUACUCAAACCGAUCGCCUUACUAGAAUAGGGAUCUUACUCGUUAUGACUGCUGUUUUUUUAUCAGGAAUUACAUUGAUCACCCUUAACGUUAUUAUCCUACGUACAGCUAUGCGACAUGCGCGUAGAAUCGCUCAGAUGCAGCAGGCGGUCGGAGCCGGACAUGACGAUACUACUUCUCGUGUAAAGGCAUCGCAAAUAGUCACAAUUAUCACCCUUGGGUUUCUUAUCUGUUACAUUCCAACAAGUAUAUUUCAUAUCAUCCUCGGCAUUGACAUUGAGGGUCGUCUGUUCAGUCGACCUUUUGAUGACGUCACAAUAUUCAUAUUUUACUGCAGCUCUGCUCUGAACCCGAUUAUAUACUGCUACCGUGAUCGUGUAUUUCGUGAAAACGCUCUCAGAUAUUUCAAGGACAAAGCUGUCUGGAGAAAUCUUUGUUCUGCUGAAUCUACUUUUGUUUAAGGGGAGACAUGAACCAGAUUUGUCAGUAACGGGCCUAUCACUUUUUAAAAGGGACACAAAACCGCUUAAGUUCUUAUUCGAAAAACAAGGGCACUCAUCAGAAAGAAGAAAGGGCACUUUUCGAAAGUAGAAAUUGACACUUAUCAGAGGGGAAAAAAGGCAAUUAUUAAAAAGGGAAAAUAAUUCGCUAGAAAGUACAAGGGGGAAUUGUCAGAAGUAAAAAUGGACACUACUCAGAUAUGAAUAGCGGCUUAUUAGAGGCAAAAAGAAAGAUUUGUUUAGUAAGGGAAAGGGCACUUAUCAGAAGUAAAACGAGGCACUUAUCGGUAGGGGAAAAGGAACUCAUUAGAAAAUAAAGGAACAUCUGUCAGAUUUGGAAAAGGGCACUUAUUACAUUUUUCAUUUUUUUAAAUAUUUUUUUUAUUGAUGUUUUUUGUUUUUGUUUAUUGUUGUUAUCUUUGCUUUACAUUAUGCUAUGAAUGCUUUGGGAACUACGCACAAGGCCUAAGGGCUUUAUUUAUGUAGUUCCCCAUUUCAUUAUCUUAAUUUGUUCAUGAACUAUUUUGUAGCUUUUAUCAAUGUAAUUUUUAACCGAGACUGCAAUAAAUGAGAAUUGAAUUGAACUGAAUAAAAGAAAGGGGCAUGUAUUAGAUUUAAGUCAGGACACUUAUCUAUCAGAGGUGAAUAUGGGCACUUGGAAGAAGGGGAAAGUGGCCCUAUACAAUUGAAAAGGGAAUUGUUUUGAAUGAAUUUUUUCCUCUUUAAGGUCAUUGAAAAGGUAGGGGUGUCCUGGAAAAAGAGGGGAUGUGCCCCCUCCCCGGAAGCACCGCCUCGGACUAAAGGAAAGAUGUUUAUGAUAUGAUACGAAACGACGCUUAGUCCUCUGAAGGAAUACGAAGCAUAUUACGAAGGUCAUCAUGAAAUAUGCGAAGUAUGAAUACACUAUUCUCAAGAGAAGUUAUGAAAACUUAUCAGGCUAUGUUAGAGUAAAAUAUGACUUAGCAUUAAUGAUAACAAACAUCACGAUGGUCAAACGAUAUAACUUAUAUAAAGUAAACGUUGGUGAAAACCCGAUGAUAGUAAUUACAGUGAGUUUUUAUAGGAUCUGCAUUCAUUUCUUAAUCGUCGAUAUUGAGUAAGACAUUAAUCUACUGUUGCUACAGUCAAUUUGUAAAGCUGAAUUGUUAUCAAAACUUCAUAAAUCAGUUUUGAAUAACAGUAUCUAGAUGCUCGGACAUAGUGAUAUCGUACACGUUGGAUAGAUUACUAGAUUUUAUCAACCACACAUUAUAAUCAGAAAAAAACAACAACGGAUAUAGAGAUAAGGGUACUUAAACUUUAGUUUAGGCUUGUCUGGUCUUUCUCUCUUUUUAAUAUAAUUUGUUUGAUAUCGUUGUAUGUGUUAUUACAUCUUUUAAACUGUUAAUG